AUGAACUUUAUUCAUAAAGCAACUUUGGUUGAAAUUACAAUAAUUGAUAACCCUUAGAAAAGGAAUAGUUUUCGAAAUCCUUAAUAAUAGUAAUAAUCAGUUCUCCCACUUAAUUUAAUCUAAAAACAAAAUAGAUAUAAGAUUUUCUCUUUAGAAACUGUUUUAUAAAUUUAUAUUUUUAUAUUUAAUUAACAGUGUACAAGAGAAAUGGACAGAUCAACAGCAAAUGUACGAUCAUCAAUCAAUUUUUUAUCAAAUAAUGAUUUUGAAUAGAGGGAGAAGAUAGAAAUUCAACUGAUACCAGCAUUAUAGAGUUUUUAAACUUUUAUAAAGAUGAGCAAUGAGUCUCAGAUGGCAUAGAUUUCUGAUUCUUUGAUGGCUAUUGAUUUCUUUAAAAAGAAUUGUCCUGAAGGUUCGAGUUUAAGAGAUUUUAUUAUGUAUGCUGGAAAAGCCUUGACAUAUGAAUAUUACAAAAAGGGUUCAAUUAUAUUCCAUUAUGGUGAUUACGGAGAUAAGUUUUUUAUGGUCCUAAAAGGUAAUGUUGGAGUAUUGGUACCUAAAGGGAACCAUGAUAUUGAAAUGGAUAGAGAUUUCCUUGUAGAGACCAAUAGGAAUGAACUAUGGAGUAAUGUUUGGAAAGGUAGGAAAUUACAGAGUACAAUUGAUAUGGAAGUGCUAUUAGCCUAAGGAGAAGAUCCUUGGGUAAUCUCAAAUAGAUAUUUUGAGGGAGGAGUGUGUUUAUAUUAAAAGAUUUAUGCAUAUUAUAGUGGAUAGACAUUUGGAGAUGUAUCAUUAUAUACAGAUAAACCAAGAACUGCAAGCAUAUUAGUGUUGUCUGAUGAUGUUCAUCUGAUUACAAUGAAUAAGAAUGAGUACAAAUAGAUUUGUGAGAAGUCUCUUUAGGAUAUGAAUAGCAAUGUUGACUAUUUUAUGAGGAUGUUGCCAAAUAAUAGCAAGUUCGUAAUAACUAAAUUUAUGUAAUACAUGCAUAAGAUUGAAUUUGCUCCUUAAAGUAUAUUAUGGAAAGAAGGAGAGGAAUCUAAAUUUUUUAUGUUGAUAUUCAAAGGGAGAGUGGAAUUGGUAAAGAAGAUUGGGAGAGUGAGGAUUACAUUAUGUUAAUUAAGUGACAAUAGUUGGGUUGGACAAGAAGAAAUACUUGAUUAAUCCAAUAGAUUAUCUACUUGUCAAUGUGCUGACAAUACAGUUGCCUAUUAUAUUCAUCUUGAAGAAUUCAAUUAGAUCAGAAGAAACUUUCCAGAAAUUUGCAAGAUUUUGAAAGAGAAAUCUCAAUUACUUAAGGAGUACAUGAAAACAAGAUAUGAGAUGAUUAUGAAUAAUUUUAUUAACAAGCCAGAAACUAUUCAGAAGUAGCAACAGAAGGUGGAGAGAAAGACUAUUUCUGAAAUCUUCCAUACUUCCAUAAAGACCAAAACCCAGGAUAUCAGAUCGCAUUCUCCUAAGGCAUUAAGCAUAAUUGAAAUCACUGAAUACAAUAACAAAAUAAAUUAAUCGAGAGUAGGUUUUUUAUUUCCAAUUUAGGGUGGUUUCAGAAAUCUGAAUAUCUUUCCUUUGGACAAGGAUUCAGUUCUAUCGAUAAGGGAUAGAGUUUGCAGAUAAUUAACCAAAUAAAACAAAAAGAAGGAGAGGGUUCAACCUUAAACAAUGAGAGAAGGAACUCUCUUAUCAUCGACUAUUUCAGAUCUAUUCAAAUAAAAUGAGUAGGUUCAACCAUAUUCAGGUUUCAAAUAGAAUGAUCUAAAGAAAAGUUCCUUCUCCUUUGUUAACUUAUUUGGUUAAGGAUCUACGAAUAAUCCCACAAAUUCUAGUGAUCAUUUUACUUCAAGACUAACAACCCAAUAAUCUUAUUUCAGGAUGAAAACAGAACAGGGGAGAUCCUAAAUCUAAACCUAAACUAGCUUUGAUCAAAAGUAUCUCAUGUUCAGUAAAAUUUAGGAAUAACAGUGUAGAACUAAAUAAGUUACGUUCCAAUAGUCCUCUCACUUCCAUUCAAUUCUCAAAUAGAAGUCAAAAUAAAAGAAUACAUAGCUGUAAGAUGAUAGCAAGACCAAAAAAGUACCCUUAAUUAUUGAAAUAUAAAUUAUUAUGAAUUUUGUAGAAAGAAGAAAUAAAACUAAUCCUGAUUAGCAUUAAUUAUUAAGCAUGAGCAAUCAAAGUUCUUCAAGAAAUUCUGCAGUCAAAGCAACAUUGAAGGUGUAUUCUGAAAUGAGAGAAGAUGGAAGCUGCAAAUUAGCAAUGAGAUUUACACAAUUAAAAAUAGUUCUAGCCACCCAUAAAUUGGUUGGAUUCUGUUAUAAACUUAAAUCUGUCAGAUUACAGCACUAUUUUGAUGUUUUGAUAUUAACGAAGACAUCAAAUAUUCAUUCUGUAUCAAUUUUAAAUAAGCCUUAAUAAGGGUAAAACUAUUAUUUGACACCACCUACGAAAAAGAAAAGUGUAAAGUUUUAGCCAAAAUACUCCAUUGCACCCUUCUUGUUAUUAAAUUCUAUAAUUUAAUAGCAUCUUCACAGAAAUUUCAACAUAUUACAAUAUAAUCAAAACAGAAAAAGGAGACACAGCUCUUUUAAUAACGUAUUAGAACAGUUGUAUAGAAGGAAAUAAACUUAGAAUUUCAGAAUUCUGAAAUCUAGACUAUUAUUAUCAAAGACGUUUAGACGAAUUAGUUUUAUGAUUAAUCAAAAAAUAAAAUCAAUACAAUUAGAAGUUUUACUAACAACUUCUUAAUAUAUUCAAAAUAAUAAUCCUAAUUCUCAUCAAGAAAGUUUAUUGGAUUCUGAAUUCUCAUAGUAACAGUAGACCCUAUAAGAAAGCAAUAAUGAUAUUCAGGAUUAUGAAAUAAAUAAUUAGAUGAUGAGUGCCAAAGAAUAAUUGGCCAUGAAAUUUGCAAGUACCUCAUUAUUGAUAGGAAUUUUGAGUUAAAUAAUGAUAAAAGCAUAAUUUGCAUUUUUGUUGCAUCUAAGAAUUGGAAACAAUCAAAAAUUAGACAUCAGAGAAAUAAAAUCCAUAGAUAUCAGUGAAAAUCUAGAUUAAUCUUUAAUUGAAGAAGAAAAAAUAAAACCAAAAAUAAUUGCAGCUAAUCAAAUAAAUCAUUUCUUAAUUCAAAAGCUCAGAAGUUAUUUUGAAUAGAUUAAUGAGGGUCCUUCCAGAGUUUCUAGACCUUCAAUUAAACUCUUUAGAGGAGGAGACAAGAAAUCAAAAUCUGAGAAUUCUAAUCUAAAAUUGUUAUUAACUGGUUAGAAGCUAUUUAAGGAGGAUGAUCCUCAAUAAAAGAGUACAGAUAUCACUGCCAAUGAAAAAAAGUGUUCAUUUAAAGCACUGCCUGGAGUUCGAUAUGUCACAUAGUAUUCAGAUAUUUCAAAGAAUGCUAUUUCUGAUAGUGAAGUAAGUGAACAAUCCAUCAUUACAGAUUAUGCUAACACUCUACAAAGCAUUCAGACUUCAAUCCUAAUCAAAAAUUAAACCAAUUAAUAAUACAAAUAGAAUUAAAGAAAAGAAUCACUUAAUUCUGCAAUUCAAUAAUAUUUGAGUCCUAUUAAAAGUUAAAAAAACUCCCCUGAUAAAGAGUCUAAGAAAACAAUUGAAAAUAAAAAGGAGAGUAAAUACUCUAAAUUAACACUUUUGUACUGUUUCCCUAUCAUAAUUAUCCUCUUUAUUGUAAUUUUAAUGAAAUGA